AUGGCUUACACCCUUCCAUCUCUUCGUCUCUUCAACCCCUCCGGAUCGCACCUCACCUUCUCAAGCACAAAACUUAGCGCCACUUUACACGCGGCUUCUUUCUCGAACCAAACGAGUCGAGUCACUUCUAACUCAAUGAGUCAACCCGCCGCCAUGGAUUCUAGCACUCUGUCGACACCUGAAGUUGCUCCGUCACCGCCAGAUAACGCCAAUGUUGUGGUCCAGUACGUGGUGCUCCGGCGAGACCUGAUCGAUACUUGGCCAUUAGGCAGUGUGGUCACUCAAGGUUGUCACGCUUCUGUUUCCGCUGUUUGGUCUAACAAAGACGAUCCCGUCACGAUUGAUUAUUGCAGCCCCGAUAAAAUCGAUUCUAUGCACAAAGUCACACUUGAAGUGAAAGGAGAACCCCAAAUCAAAAACUUGUCUGAGAAGCUGAAAGCUGGUGGUAUCAUUCACAAACUCUGGAUUGAAGAACCUGAAAACAUUCCUACUUGCCUUGCCACAAAACCUUACCCUAAGUCAAUUGUAUCUUCAUAUUUUAAGAAGUUGAAACUCUGCAAGUGA